CUAGAUGGGAUACAGCUUUUGUCAGAUUUACCUUUUCGUGGCAAGUUAGGAGAAUUAACGCAGCAGGUUAGGAGAUUUAGCGAAGCAGGUUAUGAUACUUGGGUUACGUUUAGGAAAAUGGUUAGGGUUAGCUAAAAAGCAAAGGAAAUAUCAACUUUUGACGUUAAUUUGACAAAAACCUGCAUCCUUUCUAGCCAUGACCUAGUUGUCCCCGACACCUCCUCUUUCUUUAUCAUGUGACAUUCGUUUUAUACUCGGUUUGCCAGAGAAAAUCAGUUCAUCCAAUCGCGUUUCGAGAGGGGCGGCUCGUUUUCUCAACAUUUGACAGGGAUUUAUUCUGAUCCUCAUGACGUCACUCGAUACCCUGCGCUCCGACAGUCAGAAAGCGAAGGGAUGCUCUAAACGCAAGAUUGCAGCAUCUUUCCUGAGAGACUACAAACAAAUCGCAUCUCACUCUAGCUUUGUAUCCAUUCUCGGCAUUCUCUCCCAUUUGGACCCUCCUGAAAACGCACCUCUUGCCCUCCAACAUCGAACCUCAGGGUGUCUUCGUGCACGAAAGGAGGACCGGAUAGAACACCAUAUUUGUAUUUCAACACCUUUCCGUUCCCUUUAUUUAUUUAACCUCUGUCGUCUGUAUAUUUUUUGUUUUGAUCUUUUAUUUUGUUGACCAUUGCCUAGCUGCAAUACAGAGAGGAGGAGGUCGUUCUGCAUUGCUUGAUAGGAAUACGCGCUUUAUUGCAGUGGAAUGAAAUAACACACAUAUGAAGAAAUUAAUGGAAGAUUAAAUUAGCCUACUUUCUACAACACGCUUAUAGUAUCUGGAGCGGGACAUAAUUUAUCGGUUCAUUGGAUUUUUGUUGAGGUUACGUUCCAUACGCAGCGCAAGCAUCGUCUUCCUCGGUUAGAACACAUAGCCCAUAUUCAUCGUAGCAUCUCGGUGUUCUCUGAAAGGGCGAGGAUAACACGCAAGAUAUUUCGUUAUCAAGAAUAUAGGCAUUUUCGAUUUUGAAUCGCUUCGUCUAUUCAAAUACCAUUUUUUUCCAAUUGGUUACGUUGCAUAAAGGGAUAAACGCAGUUUCACCCAACCUACUUUAAAAAUGAUGGCCGGCGGGGCAGUACAGCAAAACGGGAUUUUCUUGAAUCCUCACCAUCACAAUCAACAGCCGCACAUGGAGUCGGAUCCCCCAGAUUCGCGUAAAAGACCGCUAGAGACCCCAACUGAGGCAAGCAGCACUAAACGCACAAACACGGGAGUGGCCUUCCUGCAGCCCCUUUUUGAAACUGAAGGCAUUGUAUUCCCUCACCAGGAAUCACACUCUGAGGCACAUGAGGAAGGUGAGUACUUCCUGAAGGUUCUGAUCCCCAGCUAUGCGGCCGGCUCCAUCAUCGGCAAGGGCGGACAGACCAUCGUCCAGCUGCAGAAAGAGACCGGCGCCACCAUCAAGCUGUCCAAAUCCAAAGACUUCUACCCUGGCACGACAGAGCGGGUGUGUCUGAUCCAGGGGACAGUGGAGGCUCUGAAUGGAGUCCAUAACUUCAUCGCUGAGAAGGUGCGGGAGAUGCCGCAGAGCACCCAGAAAUCAGAACCGGUCAGCGUACUGCAGCCACAGACCACCGUCAACCCUGACCGCAUCAAACAGGCCAAGCUGAUAGUACCAAACAGCACAGCAGGUCUGAUCAUUGGUAAAGGUGGAGCCACAGUCAAGGCGGUCAUGGAGCAGUCGGGCGCCUGGGUGCAGCUCUCCCAAAAACCAGAGGGCAUCAACCUGCAGGAGCGCGUGGUCACCAUUAGCGGAGAGCCCGAGCAGAACCGUAAAGCCGUGGAGAUCAUCGUUCAGAAGAUCCAAGAGGACCCCCAGAGCAGCAGCUGCCUCAACAUCAGCUACUCCAACAUCUCUGGCCCUGUGGCCAACUCCAACCCCACCGGCUCCCCCUACGCCAACUCAGCUGAGGUGAACCCCGCUGCUGCUGCUGCCGCCGCUGCCACAGCCUCCAGCCUCCUGGGUCAAGCCACCAUGCAGAGUAUGGGCGGCUUCCCCACCACCAUGGGUCCCAGCUUCUCAGGCAACGACCUCUUGACCAUCACCUCGGCCCUCAACACGUUAGCCAGCUACGGCUACAACACCAACUCCCUGGGCCUGGGGCUCAACCCCGCCGCGGCCUCAGGAGUCCUGGCCGCCGUAGCGGCUAGCGCUAACCCUGCCGCGGCUGCCGCUGCUAACCUCCUGGCGUCCUACGCCAGCGAUGCCUCCACCAGCGCAAGCCACCAGGCCGCCUCCCUGGGAGGUUUCACCCUGGGCUCGCUGGCCGCGGCCACUGGGGCAACCAAUGGCUACCUGAGCGCCUCGUCCCCGCUGAUGGCACAAUCCCUGAUGGCCACUGAGAAGCAGAUGCAGGAGGGGGCCAAGGACGUGGUGGAGAUCGCUGUUCCCGAAAACCUGGUAGGAGCCAUCUUGGGGAAAGGAGGGAAAACGCUAGUGGAGUACCAGGAGCUGACUGGAGCCCGGAUCCAGAUCUCCAAAAAGGGAGAGUUCAUUCCCGGCACCCGGAACCGUAAAGUUACCAUAACCGGCUCUCCGGCGUCAACGCAGGCAGCUCAGUAUCUGAUCAGCCAAAGGAUCACGUAUGAGCAGGGUGUGCGCGCCACCAACCCACAGAAGGUGGGCUAGAAAAUGAGAAUGGAAAGGAAGAAAACGAGUGGGGGCUUGGGGAGGAAUGCAAAGGGAGAGAGAAAGGGAGAGGAGAGCAAGAAUGUUGGAAGGAAUCGUCCACCCGUUUUUUGGUGUUUCAGUAUUCAAAAAAUGAUGCGACGCAAAAAUUCGCUCGGGGAGAGAGGAGAAAGUGUACCGCGGAAAACAAAGGAAAAUAAGGUGUAAAAUGUAAAUACGGUUUUAUUACUUAAGUCUUGAUGUUUCGGGAUUUUUUGUUUGUUUUGUUUUCUAGUUCAUUUGUUUUCUGUUUGUUUGUGUAUUCUCCGGACAGUGGUGAAUGCGAUUUUAAACUGGCAUGCUGCCGCGCUACAGUUUGGAAAAGGGGGGAGGUGGGGGUACUGGGGGCCGACCCCCAUGGAAUCAGCCCCUUCCCCACCCCCACCCCCAUUCCUGUGUAGCUCACUGAUGUUUUUCUUCAGAUUUGCCUUCAAUUUCAAUUUUCCCCUUACCCUGCCCCCCACUUUUCGCCCUCCCCCUACAAGGGUCUGAUAAGACUGCAAACCAGUGCUUGGUUAGAGAUCUAAGGAAAAUCCCUGUAGUUGAUGACAUACCCCUCCAUGCCCCGAUCCCUCGCCCCUCUCCCAGCCACCCCCACUCUGUUUUGAGCAAAGGGGGGGAAGAGAUGUGCCCAAGGCUUCCACACAUGGAUUAUCCUCGUACCCCCUAUAGCCUCGCACCUUAGGUUCUGAUUUAACCAGAUGCAUGCUAUGCCACGCUCCAUAUUUAUAUAUCCGGGAUGCUUGUGUUUCGUAUGUAGGACGAAGGCAGAGACGCAUGGUGCAUCUCAUUGGGUCAGAAUUCUAGCGUAGCGCAAGAGUACAUAUAGAGAUCGGGGCAUUUUUCUCAACACGGUUUGCAGUCUGAUAUUAUGAUUAUUAUUAUUAUGAUUAUUAUCGAUAUCAUUGUCAUUAUUUAUGAAUAUGAUUUCGCCCAUAACAUUUGGUAUUUUCAUUUUAUUUUUCUUUAUUUUUUUUAUCUGUAAAUUCAGGUUGACAUGAAUGUAAAAGACUAUUUUUGAUUUGAUUUGUUUCAUUUAAGUGGAUUUAAUAACAUGUCACAUAGUGUAAUAUACAGUAUGUCUUAUUUAAGUCCAGUAAGAAAUGGAGCAUAAGCACCACUGCAGUGAUGAUGAAGAGUAAGGGUCAACUUUGAUAUCCAGCAAAGAGCAGGACAGUAAAUAUUCCAUUUAAAACACACACACACACACACACACACACACACACACACACACACACACACACACACACACACACACACACACACACACACACACAUACACACAUACACAUACACAUACACACACACACACACAUGAUGUCAUUUCAGUGCUAUAAAGGGAUUAUAACAUAUCUACAUGGCAGAUUACGGUGAAAUCAAGCAGACUAGUCUCUACAGUAUAUACAUAGAUAGCGUCAAAAUGAAAAUGCCACUUGCACAACGGGCCCAAGAGCACCGUUCACAUUCUGGCAGGGGCCGAAACGCUCUAAAAACGCCAACCCAAAGUUGUUUCAAUGUUGUCUGAGCUCAGAUGUCUCUCCUCCCUCCGGUUUAGCCUGCGUCCCUCAACAUUGUGAAAAGCCAAAGUGUUGUUGGGACUGUAGGGCCAUAGGCGUCUCCACUGAGAUAUCCAGCGAGCACUGCUCUUCUGCCUGUGGCACUCUUAACAACACUCUGUCUAGACAGGCCAGGCGAGAGACCAGGAACGGGGGCACUUAGAACCUAGAGGUGGUGGCCCCGCCAGGAAACGUACAUACUACUGAGAAAUAGAAACACUGAAGAUGAGAAAGUUGAUCUCACUAGGGUCCAUGCAGUUUGCCAGGCCUUGUCUUGUGGCGAGCAGAGGUAUUGAACACAGUGCAUAUUUAGAAGUUGUUUUCCCCUAAUAAUUGCUCUGUUCAACUGUCCACGAUGAAUGGGGGGAAUGUAACGUGCUACGGUAUGUUGGGCGUUAACGACAGCUAAGUCUAAUGGUUGUGGGUUAUUCUGCUUUUGGCAAACUGCAGGGACCUCCCACUACACGUUCCAUGCAAUGGAUACUGCCCACUAACCUAUAAGCUGCUAUGAUUUUGUUUGUUUUUUUAUCUUUUUUUUUCUUGCAAUCGGAGUACACUGAAGUUGAUCUUAAUGCACUGUGAAGUGUGGGGAUCGUUUUCUCUGCCCAUGAGGUCAGGGUUGUGUUCUGUAGGGGAGCUUUGUCACAGGCGUGUGCGUUAUUAUGUCAGGGAAAUGUACGCACAUGGAAUACCAGGCGACUAAUCAUAUCUCAUGAACAGAACUCUAUUUGCAAUACAGUAUCAGUUCUCAGUUAGAUAUGCAAGACGAGGAACGAGUAUUCAUGUUUCUAAACACUACGUUGAAACCGGGAUCCUGGGUUGAGGCUUUGGAUGCGUUUUGACUCAGUUUGGCAAUGAAAGUCAUGUGGUUGUAGAAACAGUCUCUAAUUAUAGGAUGGGAUUGGGGGGGGGGGUGGCAAGUGUGCAUGUUCAGCUUUUGCUAUUCAAAGACAACAAUAGUUGGAGGUAUGUGGAGUCUUAUCCCAAUUUUGACAGGGUUGCUCUAAUCAUCCGACUUCCCUUUUUUAUAUUUGCUGUUUUCACAAACAGUUGAAAUUUAUAUAUUCUGUUAGCCAACUGAAAAUGGCUGGCUAACCUAAAAUGUGAUGACUUCUAAAAUGCCAAAGGAGGAGGGGGGGCACAUUUUGGUCGACCCUAAACAAUCUAACGUGGUCUGGUAAGGGAACCUAUCUCCCCAAUUGGACAUUUAGACACUGUAAUGUAAAGGCAAUCUAUCCAAUGGUGGGCUCUCACUAGUAUUCGCCAUUGGAACGUUUUCUCUAUUGUCUAAUGGAGCGACAGUGAAGCGCGUAUCUCGACAGAUUGGUAAGGAGUCUUCUUUAUUCCCAUCUAAUACCAUCCACUUUCCUCACCCCCCAACCCUUGUACCGCCGUGCACCCCAUUCUUACACAUCAACCCAGAGCCCCCCUCUCACAUCUCUCCAUGGGUGAUCGUGUCUGGUGUUGCGAUGCAUGUCUGCUUGCCCUUCCAGACCACAACUACUCCAAAACAAUGACUCUCUGAGUCUCCUAGUGCUUUGAGGGUAGAGAGGACAGCGUCCCCUUGAUUGUAGUGCUGAGCAUGAGAGACUAGUUAGUGACCAUUUUGCCAGCAGCAGUGAGAACAACUUAGUAGGUGACAGUGGAAGUAGGAAAGAGAACCUGCAACCAGGCAACUAAGAGAGAAAGAUACCAGCUGACUUAAUUCUGUCAAUCCAAUGGCCAGUGGCUUGAAACCAUAUUUUAUAUUGUAUGUUAUUGACAGGAGUGAAAGCACUUUGCUACAUUUGGAAUGCAUGGGCAGAUACAUACAGUACAUUCAUAAACACAUUCACAUAGAUUGCGAGUAGAAUAAGGGAAAUACUGCUUGUUGAAGUAAUGAAGAUAUGACAGAGAUUACUGGAUAUAAGCGAUACUAAAACUGUGACAAAUCAAUGUGAACAAUAUCAAAUACAACAAUAUCAAAUACCUGUAGUUGGAGAUCUCGAGAAGGUGCCAACAAAGUUCGUCAAAGGAUGGCUUUGUUAUCUUUUUAUCAAAUUCAACAAAAUUACCCCAUUAUGAUGGGGUUUUAGGGCGUCCAUUUUUGUUUGGUUUGUAAUUUAGGGGAUGUAGAUAAAAUGUGAUGAGUACUGGAAGCAAUAUACGUAGUAGCAUGUUGUCCUUGUAUUGUCUUUUUAUUCUGUCUGUUGUCAAAGCUUUGGAUUUACCUAGAUGUUAAAUAGAUUUACCUAAUUACAACUUUUUUAAUUUGUGAAAUUGCUGCUAUUUAAUAAGUGAUGUACUAAAAAUAAAGUUAAGACAUAUCUGAUUGGUCGUUUAGCAGGAUGUUGUAGUUCCCAGAGGUGUACUAAAUGCUAUACAUGCUGAUAAGAUAAUAAUUACUGUAAAAACAAACUCAACAAAUAAACCUGUGCCAAAAUAGAUCUUUAAAGACUGAAACGGGAAAUGCGCCUGAUUUAAAAAAACAUUACAUGAAAGGAAACAUACUUUUAUAAGAAAAAUAAUGUGAAAAGUGCCAAACGAACCAUAUUUAUAAUUGUAAAUAGAAGGGAAUGGUACAAGAUACUUUUUUGUGUGUGAGUAAAAUCAAUAAAAAAUUAAAAAAUAAGCUUUUUAGUUAAACCUUUUAAUGCCCUCUUUACUACUAUGUGACAUAAAAUAAGGGAUUGUGAAGGAAGGGAGCCAUCUUGUUAGCCAGUAAUCCAAAUUUCCUUGAAUUCUACAGUACUUAGACUCCUGGGCCAGAAGAAUCAACGUAUAGAUAGAUUAGCAUGGUUAAUGAUACACAUGAUAUUAACAUUCUUAAUACAGCCUUUUAUAGUUCUGAAAAUGUAUUUUGUGGAGAUAGAUGUUAUCUUUUUUGCACGUCUAUAUUGCAUGAUAUCAAAGUGAAGCGUGGACAACAAAAAAAUGUAAGAAACAAAAAUUGUACAAAAAAAAAAAUUAGGCGGUGUGUUUUGUUCAUUUUGAAGACAAAUCUUUGCAUGCCAACAAUGGUAAAGCAAUUUAAUUUUCCUUGAUACAUUUUCAAACGUGGGUAGUUUUCACUAAACACAUGCAGGGACAUCGUCCAGUAGAGCAAGGCCACAGUGUAAUUAGAUUGUAUGACUGGAUGAGUAUUUUGUGAGAACAUUGUCUAGGCAUCUAAACAUUCUUAGAGAGAUAGGAACAAACUUUUGAUCAAACAUGAAACAAUUCGGGGGGGUUUUGUUGGUUGUGCUUCUUUUACUAAAACUGCAUUAUUUAAUUCCGGAUCACAUUUUAUGCUUUUUACCAUAGAUACCGAGAUAUUGUCCAUGAAUGUACUCACCUCUGCAUAAGUUUGCAUAUCACUCUUCGAUCAUGACUUCAGGGCUUGAGUGUCCAUGUGUUUUGUGUGAAUAACUAACAUCAGGUAAGGCCAGAUCUGGCCCUAGUGUCAUUCUAACCAUCUGUUUACCCUUCUGGCUCCCUCUGAGCUUGAGCUCUUGUCUUGAUGUAAAUAUGCGCUUUAUAUUUCUCAUUUAGACAGAGUUCUCAUUUAAACCCCCAUCUCCUGAAAGGAAACUAGGAAAAGUGUUUUGAAGUAUCAAGCCAGGCUGUGUGUAGGCACCAUGUUUUUUUCACGCUCUGUUGCUGCUCGGCUUUUGUAUUUCUCAAUCCCCCUGGUCUCUCUCCAGAAUUUGGGACAAGGUGUGUUUUACUCUCUGUUCGGUGAAUUUGGUCUCAUGACAUGAUUACACUUUCUGCAACAAAAAGUCAUAGGGAGAGAAAAAAAAUGACAAAUAUUGCCAAUAUUCCCCAUGUUGUCCAUUGCCCGACUGUCAUUCAGUUUCACCAUUAGACAACUGAGUGGUGUCGGCAUGCUCAAAAAGGGAUUGUAAAUCACAAAAGCUGGUCAGCCACAAGAAAACAUAGCUUUUUCUCAUUUAACACAGGAUCUUGUCUUUUGUAUAUUUCUCAAGCGUUCAAUGAUCUAGAUUAGUGUCAAAAAGGGACACUCAGUUUAAACUAUAACCAAAUUGGCAUCCCUGUUCCUAGCGAUGCCUCAGUUGCAAUAGAAUGUCAGCAUGUAUAGCUGUAUAGCUCUGUAGAGUAAGCUGAGAUGGGGGUUUUGUGCAAUAGUGUAGUACCUUGCUGUGCAUGUGCUAUUGUCUGGCUCUUGUGUCUGUGUGUCUGCAGUAGGUCAGCAUCAUGGUGUCGUCUCCAUGUUGCUGGGUGAACAGAUCUGUUUUGUGAUGUGCAGAGGAAUGCAAACUUAUGGUUCACCUGCUACAGGUGACAUCAUUUAUUUUCAGUGGGUGUGUGGCUACUAGUGCUCAACUCCAAAACCUCACAAUGCCCUAACCCCCCGCCCUCCUCGCUCUCACCCGCACCCACCACCCGUAGCCAGACAUUCACGGAACCCAGGGUCACACUCUUGAGCUUGUACCCCAUCAAAGCACCAGCAAUUUUAGACUGCAUUUGUCAUAUCACUGUUCAGUUCCUCUUUAUUGUUUUCCUGUUUUUUAUUUGUGCUACGCUCUCUAACCUAGACCAAUUAUAACAAAAUGCCAUUCAUGUGUACCCUGUUUACUCCCCCUUUUCUCCUUUUUGCACUUUCACUGCCCCUCCUUUUCCAACCACUCCCCCACACUUCUGCUCCGAUCCCGCCACACCACCAAACCCCCCUCCCCCUCCCCCCACCCACCUCCUCCUCCUCCUCGAGUUUCUCCCGAGUGCCAAACAAAAACAGUACCAUUCCAAACUUUUUUGAGUUUUCUUGUAUGUUGGACAUCCAUUGGACGCACCCAUGAAGCCAGCAUGUUCCUCCAUAACAUGAUGUCAGUCAUGACGCCUCAACAUUACCCAAAAGAAACAGAUCAAAAAAACAAAAAAACCUGAGCUAAAAGCAGACCUGGAUUAACCCGGUAAAGGCUGGCUACCUCUCAUAAACUGCUUUUCCUAAUUCUCUAUCAUCUCUUCAACCUCCAGGACAUCAUUGAUUGUGUGCCAUAGUGUUGGGGGCACUUGUCACUCUCCUCACCCCCCAAGUCUCUCCAUUUGAUUUUCGAUGGGAAAAAAAUAAUAAAAAAAUCCAUUUCUAAUGACGAUUUUUUUUUCUUUAACAUUUAACCACACUCAGAAUGGUGUGAGGAGUGUAAUCGUCAGCUGCGCAGCCAUCCUCUGUCUUCUGAACUUUGAACUUUUCACCCCUCAUGAACUUUAUUGACCUUCUUCCUCCCCUUCUAUGUUCAUCAAACUGUUUGGAUUUAAAUCUCCAUUCCAUCACCAAACCUAUUUGAGACUGUGCAAUUCUAGUUGAAAUUAUUUGAUUUUUUUUUUGUUUGUUUCUUAUCAGUGGGGCAAUUCACCAAGAUAAAGAAUGAAAAAUCAUCCACAAAAGAAAUACAGACAAAAAAAAACACAAAAAAACUGUUUCUCCACAAUUUCAUUUUUCUCUCAUUGUAAAUAUUUUUGUCAGAUUUUGUUGAGCUGUAAAAGAGAGGCGUGUUCAACAGAAUGGGGCCGGCAGCAUAAAAUCCACUUGGUGGAAAGAGGAAAAGAAAGACGCACCCCAUACAUCUACUCAUUUGUUCUGCUACAGUAGCUUGUGGUCUUGACAUUGGUGUGACCUGCUGUACUUGUUGUUGUUUAUCGCCAUGCUAGCUCCACUUAGAUAAAAUGCUAUAAAAAUGUAAAGGAUAAUUCAGUUCUGGAGCUGAUAGAAUUGUUUACAUUUGCUACCGUAGUUGUAUUCGUUGGUGGUUUUGUUCCGCUUAGAGUGAGUCGUAGUUAUUGUAAUGCUUUGUAGUGUAAGAAGAUAUCAAUGUGGAGAACUUGCUGGACUCAGCACCUUACACUAAAUGUGGGACACACAAGACGAGGGGGAAAAAAACGUGUCGAUCCCAAACCACAAAAAGGAAGUUGAGGCCUCUUUAGUGCAAUCGAGUUACUGCGGUUUACAUGAUAGAAGUGAUAUAGUUUAGAACUAGGAUUAUGUUAAUUAGGCAUAUUGUAGGUGGGCGUUGGUGAAUGUAAAUGCCAACAUGACAAAGGUGCCCGUAGUGCAGACUGAGACAUAUCUCUCUCAGUGAGUUUAGUAGAGUGAAACUGACUGAAAGUAUUCAUUUGACACAGCGAGACUGGACUGACCAUAUCAUUGCUUAGCUUUGUGCUCCACUCACAGUGUUAUGCUGCCAGCCUCAUUUUCUGAUAACACUUCAUGAGCUAUUUAUUUUCAACCUAUAAUAUACUAUUAAUAAAUUACAAGACAACAAGAAAAAGGGAAUGACUGGAAAGGUGAAUUAUUGUUUUUUGUUUUUUUAGCAUUUUAGUGGUUGCUUUUAACACCAUUCAUUAACUGACUUAAAGAGUAUUGAAUAUUUAAUGUAAUUGUAGCAUUGUGUUUGUAAAAAAAAAGGAAAAAAAAGUAGUGAGUUGUGUUUAUUGACUUGUGGAUUACCAGUGAAGUCGGCAAUCUAGUGCUAAUAUAUAUUUCAUCUUUUUUUAAGGAUUAUUCUUUUCCGACAGCAACAACAGUCAUUAUAAAUGUUCAUUUUAGCAUCACCUGUCUUCUGUUGUCUUAUUCUUCACCUCCCACUACACUCAGUCUCAUCCAAGUAACACAUUGCAAGUUUGUGCCUGAAACCAUGUGCUCGGUCUGGGGGCGGGGCCAUAUGGUAUGAACGACGUGUGUGUGUGUGUGAGUGUGUGUGUGUGUGGAUGUGUGUGUGUGUGAGUGAGUGAGUGAGUGAGUGAGUGAGUGAGUGAGUGAGUGAGUGAGUGAGUGAGUGAGUGAAUGGAAAGGCUGCUAUCUCAGCCUUGGUGGGUGGGUGUUCUGUCCAAUGUUCACCAAAGCUAAAAACCUGGAGGGCUUCCAUUCACCAAUGGAAUCCCCUGACGUUAUAGCUGGAACUUCAUCAUGUGACCUGAGCCGACUCUAUCGUUCAUAACCCUCCCACCCAACCACUCCUCACCACUACCCUAUCCCUGAGUCAUCCCUUACCACACGUCAUCACCAUGUGAUGUUCUCCAUCGAUAACAUACUACUCGACCAGAUCCACAUUAACAUGUCUCCUCCAUGUUUCCAAAAGGAGCGCGUUGCCAGUCAACCUGCUUCCCACAUGAUACUCAACCAUCCUCUCUAGCUGCCGGGGCCAGGCCCAUCAGAAAACGAUUUGUCUCAAAACAAGAGGAUAGAGAGAAAUAGUGAUGCUCAGGGUGUCUCCUUGAUCUACCUUUAUAUCCCGCGUUCUGCGGUUGUCCCACUUUAUUCUGCCCUAAUGAUUUCUAUGGAGCCCAAAGACGACGAUGAUUUCCAUGUUCAUGUAAUGGUUGCUUAGCAAUUAUUCUGAGGGAUGAUGUGCACCUUCUUAGAGGAGCGUGCACAUACUGUAUUGUUUACAACAUGAGACCAACGCUGUUGAAAAAGAAUGUGUAGGACAAAAGCAAAUUCCGUAUUGCUAAAUGAUGACAUUUCAACGACAAUUUCUGUGACAUGAGUUAAUGUAAUUAUGAGUCAUUGCAUGGUACUAUUUUUUUGCAAUGAAAAUAUAUUUUUUUGAACUGUUAGAAUGGAUGGUACAUUGUCAAAUUCGUGCAACAUUUAGACGCUAAUAAUAAAAUAAACGUUGGUGUCCGUGUUAAUGUCACCAUGAGGAGAGGUUUUGGACCAAUGAAUGCCAAAAUGUUGUAAAGGUUUUGUUCAUUUGUACAUGGUAAUAAUGGGUCAAAUAAACCAUUGAAGCUAA